AUGAACACAACUACAUCACAACCCAACGGGAUCGCAGCUACAGAUUUCUCGCCGCUUCUGGCCCCCAAUGCAAUUUUUCUCUCUUUCUACUCUAUUUUCCUUCUUCUACAUGUCUUGAUCGCCAUUCGCUUCUGGCGUUUCUAUGGGUACUCCAUUGGGAUGGUCUGCGGUAUUCUAUUGGAACUUAUCGGAUAUUGUGGAAAGGUUCAGCUCUCACAUAAUCGAGAUAAUAAGGACGGAUACAUCAUGUAUAUCAUCGGCCUCACACUUGGCCCGACAUUUCUAUCAUCUGCCCUCUAUCUCAACAUCAGCACACUACAGCAACGCUACUCAUCAUCUCGGUUCACGCUCAUCAGCCCUCGCCUUUUCGCGUCCCUAUUUAUCCUCGGCGAUUUCAUAUGUCUUUGCUUCAUCGGGUGCGGUGGCUCUCUUGCGGCUAUAUUCGCCGAGAAUCCAAUCGGUGUAAACCUCAUGAUCACCGGCUUAGCUGUUCAGGUCCUGUUCACAGCCAUCUUUUGUCUCGCACUCUGGGCCAUUUACCGUCGUGCUUGGCAUGACAUUCUUCAAGAGAAGAGGCAUCUUUACGUUAUAGGUCUAGCGGUAGCCUCCAUCUGUCUCUUUGUUCGCUCAUGCUGGCGAUGCGCAGAGUUGAGCGGAGGUUUCAACGGCCCGCUCGCGUCAAUGGAAGGCGUGUUCUUUGCACUGGACAGCGUACCGAUGAUAAUCAUGACUGUUACCCUGACCAUCUUUCACCCUGAGUUGUGGCUGAGGGCCCGGAAGCCCAACUCAGGAAAGCCUAUUUGUGCCGGGAACUAUAGCAUGUCUUAUGUGCAGACAAAGGACUGA